GCUGCACAUCUCGAUACCAUGAAAACGGAGAGCAGCGGCGGGGGCCAGCCGGCACAUUUCAGCGGACGGAGGCACAGUUUGAUCGAGGAUGCCCGGCGGGAGCGCAGCAUCGUGGGUUCGGCGGAGCCCUACCGUGGGGGUGAAGUGCAAGUUUUUGAGGAGAAAGAGGGCCGGCUGACCGUCAACUUACUGUUCACCCUUAGCAGCGAGAAGAACGCGGGGUUCUUUAAGAUGGGCAAAAUAUUUGAGACAUUCAACGCCAAACUCCUCCACGUCGAGAGCCGGCCAGGCAGGAGGUCCAAGAAUAGCACGUCGGACUUGGAGUUCUUCGUAAAGUGUGAGUUGCACAACUCUGACCUGGACGUCUUUGUCAACUCGCUGAAGAGGGUAGUGGAUAACGUUAGGUCCGUCCCGGAGGAAAAAGUGCCCUGGUUCCCUCGACAGAUAAAGGAGCUGGAUAGAUGCAACUUGUUGAUAACCAAAUUCAAUCCUGACAUGGACAAGGACCACCCUGGCUACACGGACCAAGAAUACAGGAAGCGACGCGCCUACAUUUCGGAGCUGUCCUACAGAUACAAACAAGGCGACCGACUGCCUGUGGUGGAGUACACAGCUGAAGAAACAGCCACAUGGAGGGAGGUGUACAAGAAGCUUAGGGGUAUUUACCCCAAACUGGCCUGCCGGCAGUUCCUGGACGGCCUGCAGCAGCUGGAGCGCGAGUGCGGCUACGGCGAGGAGCGCAUCCCUCAGCUCAGGGACAUUUCUGCCUUCCUCAAAGAGAAAACUGGCUUCCAGCUGCGUCCCGUCGCCGGCCUGCUGUCCGCUAGGGACUUCCUCGCCAGUUUGGCCUUCAGAGUGUUUCAGUGCACGCAGUACAUCCGUCACGCGUCGUCGCCCAUGCACUCCCCUGAGCCGGACUGCUGCCACGAGCUGCUCGGUCACAUCCCCAUGCUAGCGGACAAAGAAUUUGCCCAGUUUUCCCAGGAGAUUGGACUGGCUUCACUUGGAGCGUCACAAGAAGACAUUGAGAAAUUAUCUACGCUCUACUGGUUCACCGUUGAGUUCGGCCUCUGCAAACAGAAUGGAACAGUGAAAGCGUACGGUGCGGGACUACUAUCAUCCUAUGGAGAACUUGUGUACGCCUUGUCCAACGAGCCAGAGUACAAGGCGUUCGACCCGGAGGAGACGGCCAAACAGCCGUACCAAGACCAAAGCUACCAGCCGGUUUAUUUUGUUUCUGAAAGCUUUGAGGACGCCAAGGUUAAACUAAGGAAGUACUCUAAAACCAUAAAGCGGCCCUUUGCGUUGCGAUAUGAGCCUCUCACCUGCAGCGUGGAAGUUCUGGAUCUGCCCAGAAAGAUCCAAAAUGCUUUGUGGCAGACGCAGGACGACCUCAAAAUGUUGCAGGGCGCCUUGGAGAAACUGAGCUCCUCCUGA